UUUUUUUUUCCUGAAAGAGCUAUUUGCAUUUAAAGAAGCUGACUGCAAGUGUGUGGUGGGGGGGGGGGGGUGGGGGACAAAAUACCAUAUGAAAUGAGCAGAGUAACAGUUUUUAAAUGGGAACGCAGCCCUCACACCACCACCCCUCCCCCAGGCCACCAGGUCUGUGCAGCCUGGGUUCAUUGGGGUGAAGGCAGCUGGCUGAGAUCACUAAUUUGCUCUUAUUUUCUCUUCUAGUGACACGUAUUUUGCUUCUGUUUUAAGACCUGGGAAGCCCUGGUUCACCCCAUCCUACAGGGGUGCUCCCUGGGGCUAGGGGUGCAAGGAGGGCGGCUAGGGACCAGCUGGGGUCACUGCGCGGCCAGGUGCCACCUGUCAUCCUCCAUCCCACACAGUCUUCCCAAGCAGGAUGUCCCAAUCGCGGGGGCAUUGCUCCCCUCUGCCGUCUCCAUCGCUCUGCAGCUCUGCAUCCUGCUCUCCUGUUGCUCAGAGAUGUGGAGGCAGUUGCUAAGAGACACCGAAACGUCAGUAUCUGGCCCUCAAGGAAAAAAAAAAAAAAAAAAAGGAGAAAGAGAGAGACAAGGGAGGACGAGGAGGAGGAGGGGAGGAAGGAGGUGGGGAAAGACCUGCUCUGAUUGCCAGGCUCGGCAGCAGCCUUGGCUGCAGGAGCCACGCACCCAACUUGACGGACCCCCAUCUCACCGCCCGAGCCCAGCGGCUGCUGAGCUGAGCCCCUCUUGUCUCCAGGCAGCGUGAGUACCCGGGGAUCCCGCAGUCCCCCGGCACUAUUGGAGGGAUUGGCGGCCGUGGCAGGGAAGGAGGGCAGCAGGGGCGGUGGUUUCCCCUGCACAGUGGGUGAGAUGGGGAAAGAAUGGAGCUGGGGAGGGCAUGGGUGUGCUGGGUGAGGGAGGAAGGAGCUAAGAUGGCCAGGCAGCGGGGGCAGAGCAGGCCGGCAGUGGGGCCGCUGGGGCAAGGGAUGCCGUGCGCUGGGAGGGGGCUAUCCCUGUGGGGGCUGGCAAAGAAGGCAUCCCUGGCAGCGGGCAGAGCAUUGAAGGUGGGGACCCCCCUGGCUCUGCUAGGACAAGCCGAGUCGGUGUGGCUGGGCCCUCCGUUUGGCUAAAAGCACGGGGGCUGGAUGAGGAGGGGCACGGGUUCAUGGGGAUGGUGUGGAUGCCCCAUGAGCCACACAGCUCCAGCAGGGCUUGCUGCUAGCUUGGGUUUCUCUCACCCCUCUUUUCUGCAGGCAGCUGCAAGCAGCCCGCACCGGCCCUGUGGGGAGGCUCAGUGGGCCCCGAAUGUCUCUGGGAUGCCCCAAGUGUCGCUUUGCUAGCUCAGAGCCUGGGUGCGGUCCCAAGUGCUUCCUCCACCACUGCCAGUAGACUUUGCUGGGUGAGCCUUUCCCCGGCUGGGAUGGCCACCGCACUGUGACGGCAGAGGAUGCUGUCGCGGUGCAGCCGGCAGGCUGUCCCCGCACUGAGGCCGGCUGGCAUGGCACACUGCAGGCUCUGAGAUGGGCCUGGGGGCAGGCCGCCGGCCCACCAUGCUGCUGGGCCCCUGGCUGGUGGCGGUGGUGGCGGUGGUGACGGCGGGCGCCGGUGCAGGCUGCCCGGUGCUGUGUACGUGCCGCGGGCAGGCGGUGGACUGCAGCGGGCAGCGGCUCUUCUCGGUGCCCGCCGAGCUGCCCUUGGACACCGGCAACCUCAGCCUGGCCCACAACCGCAUCGCCAGCAUCCCGCUGGGCUACCUGGCCUGCUACGCCCAGCUGCGCGUCCUCGACCUGCGCAACAACUCGCUGGCCGCACUGCCCGCCAGGCUGUUCCUGGGCGCCCGCCGCCUCACCCACCUGGACCUCAGCUACAACAACUUCAGCCUGGUGACGGCCGACAUGUUCCUGGAGGCCAGCGAGCUGCUGCGCCUCGACCUCAGCCACAACCCCUGGCUGUGCACGGUGCACCCCAGGGCCUUCCGCGGGCUGGCGCAGCUGCGGGAGCUGGACCUCAGCUACGGGGGGCUGUCGGCCCUCAGCCUGGACGCGCUGGAGGGGCUGACGGGGUUGGUGACCCUCCGGAUCGGCGGCAACCCCUGGGUGUGCGGCUGCGCGAUGGAGCCCUUCCUCAAGUGGCUGAAGAGCCGCAUCCAGCUCUGCACGUCAGAUUCGCAGCUGGCCAAGUGCCAGGCUCCCCCCGAGGUGAAGGAGGUGCCCCUCUUCUCUCUGACGGAGGAGAGCUUCAAGGCGUGCCACCUCACCCUGACCCUGGAUGACUAUCUCUUCAUCGCCUUCGUGGGCUUCGUGGUCUCCAUCGCGUCGGUGGCCACCAACUUCCUGCUGGGCAUCACGGCCAACUGCUGUCACCGCUGGAGCAAAGCCAGCGAGGACGAGGAGGUUUAGGACCACUGUCACUGCCAUGAAGCUGAGCUGAGCUUGAAGCCCCAGCUGCUGGGACAGUGGAGGCGGCAGCAGGGGGGUGCAGGGGAGACCCCAGACCAGGAGCUCGGGGAGACAGAGCAGGGUCUGCAGCCGGAGCAAACCCCAUGUGAGAAAGAACCCCAAAAGCAGCACGUGCCUUGGGGGAUACUGAUGCCCACUGCCUGGGGAGAAAACCACAGAAAUCGCCGCUUUCAGCCCACAAACAGCACUGGUAGAGCAAGAGCCAGCAGCCUCCUGUUCCCCAAAUCCAGCUUGUUCUCUGCAGCUAAGGGCCAAGCCCAAGACAUGGCGCUCAUUGGGGACAGCCCCAGGUGCUGGUGACACUUGCCACAACUUGGACAUGCAGACAGCACCAGAGCUACAAGCGUUGAAGCCCCGCAAGCAUCUCCUUUUACCAGCCACUUCCUACUCCUUCCCCUUCUCCUCUCAAGUUUUGUGCAGGUUUUGGGCCAUACCUGGCACCCAGCCUGGCCAGACAGCUUGGGGAACCAUUGUUGGGAGGCAAAAGGAACUCCAAAGAAAUGAAAAA